UCGGAGCGGAGUUCGCGUCUUCCUGUUGACGUGUUCCUGUGGAUAUGCACUUCGACAUGUCUGAUUACUGACAGGAACGAAAGCAACAAGCAAGUCGUUUUCUUUAGUUUCUUUAAUUUCGGGACUUUCCGCCGAUUUUCUUCGCAAAAUGGAGACGCUUUACCACCAGACCAACAAACAAAUCCAGGAGAUCCAGUCCCACAUGGGGCGUCUGGAGACAACCGAGCGGGAGUCAGUGCACUUGGUUGAAAAUGAGCUGCAGGCUCGAAUCGAGCACGUCUUCGGUCAGCUGGAGCGACUCGAGAUCCUGGCUGGGAAGGAGCCGCCGAACCGCCGGCAGAACGCCAAACUGCGUGUAGAGCAGCUGAAGUACGACGUGCAGCAUUUGCAGUCGGCCCUGAGGAACUUCCAACACAGAAGAUACGCACGCGAGGCUCAGGACAGGGAGAGGGAGGAGCUCAUGAGUCGCACCUUCACCACCAACGACGCAGACACCUCCAUCCCCAUAGACGACACACUUCAGUUCAAUUCCAGCCUGCACAACGCGCACAGAGGCAUGGACGACCUCCUCGGCUCCGGCGCGAGCAUCCUCAACGGCCUGCGCGACCAGAGGGGCACGCUCAAGGGUACACACAAGAAGAUGCUGGACGUGGCGAACAUGCUGGGGUUGUCCAACACGGUGAUGCGUCUGAUCGAGAAGAGAGCCAAUCAGGAUAAGUUCCUCAUGGUAGGAGGCAUGCUGAUCACCUGCAUCGUCAUGUUCCUGGUAGUUAAAUACCUGAGCUGAAACACCUCGUCUCGAAUGGACCGACAAAAACAAAACAUAAGCGAUUACGUUUAAUCUAAUCGCUCCUUGUGAUUUAACUUCGGGUUAAAUCAGUCAUCCUGAUUUGAGCUUUAAAAAAAAAAAAAAAAACAUCUUAGUAACUGGAACACUCACUCAGAAUUUUUUUUUUCUGAGGACUUUUGCGUCUGUCUGUCUGUCGACUCACUUAGCACUUUAUUAGGAACGUUACAUCCAAAUAUAUGAAAUCCUUCAUGGCUCGACUUCUUAAACAUUCCCUUUCAAACUGGAUUCUGGUCUUGAUGUUCAGGACACGAUUGUGCAAUGCAGUUCCAGUCUGCUUUCAUCAAGCCACAUCGCAGAAGAUGUUGUUUUUCUGUGAUUAAUACACCAUAUUGCAAAAGUAUACAAUCGCACCAUCUUCACAUGAGUAUGAACUUGAGCAACAUCCCAUUCUUAAUCCAUAGGGUUUAAUCUAAUGAUGUUGGCCCCGCCCCCUUUUGCAGCUAUAAUAGCAGCUUCAACUCGUUCUUCCAAGAGCACAUUUGUGAGGUCAGACCCUGAUGAUGAAUGAAACCCGCUCUAAUUCAAAUUUUAUCACAAAGGUGUUUUGUCAGGACUGGUCAAAAAUAGCUGGAAAAGGGGGCGGGGCCAACAUCAUCAUCAUAUUAAACCCUAUGAAUUAAGAAUGGAAUGUACUCAAGUUCAUAUUCAUGUAAAGGCAGGCGAGCGAAUACUUUUGGCAGUAUAGUGCAUCUUGUCAAUGGAAAGGCGCUGAACAUGAUCACGUCAAACGCCUCGUCAUGAUCGUGAAACCAGUCUGACAGCGUUUUCACUUCGUCACUCGGUGCAUCGUCACUGGAAGCAGCCAUUAGGUGAUUGAGAAAUGUAUCACCAUGAAGCAAUGAACAAUUUAAUUAAAUAUGCAAGGCAAGAAUGCAUUCCACCGCACCAUUACAUCACCUCCACCAGCCAGUCGGGUCCAUGGACUGUAUGACGUAUGUCUUCUCCUGUUUGUAGCCCAUCACCGUCGAGAUUCUGUGUGUCUAGCAGAAAAUCAUCUCAGAACGCACAUCACAAGUUACUGUAGCUUGUCUGUCAGCUCUGACCCUUGACCUUCCUCAUCAUGCUCGAGAGACUUAUUGUGUGUUUUUGUGAAAUCCCCAGAAAAGACUUGCAUCGGACUGUUUCACAUGGACAAUAAACAGAGCUCACACUUUUUUUUUUCUUUCUCCCCCUUUAUUCUGCAUGAGCCGAUCAUAUCUGUGUGAUUGUGUGCGUUGCUCUGAUGAGGUAAGUCUAUAGGUGUUCCUAAUAAAGUGUUCAGCGAAUGUACUGUAUGUUUGCAGCAUAUACAGCGGCA